GUUUUCACGAGUGUUUACAAUGCUCAUGUGAAUUGGGGAUUAUUCCAACUCGAAGGUGAAAGCAUUCCUAACUCCAUCUACCGUUCCAGACGCUAUUUAAUGUUUACGGUAAACAAAAAAACAGAAAUACCAGGACCUAGUGGUCAUAACGAGAUUGAUGGAAAAGUUCGUUUUACUGUUACUUUACUGAAAUUUUAUACGAACGGUCAUGAAGACAAUUUUCCCGAUAGAACUGUUUUUUUGAAUGCUCCUUUGUCUGGAUCAUUAUGUUCAUAUAUUGAUUUUCAACUAGGAAAGACAUACUUUUUAAAUGUUAUCGGUGCAACUAGGAAUUUUGAAAGCUAUUACUUCAAUGGUUGCCAUUAUUCAGUAAGUGAGGAAAACAUAUCGAAUGUGGAACGUCGUCUUAUUACAGGAGAGCUGGAUUGUCCACUAGAGGUAUUGGGGGUGUCAUAAUUUACAUUGGACCUCAAUCAAUAAAAGUUCUAAUAUGUC